CCCCGAAUCCGUUUUUGAAUAGCUCUAGUUGCGGUUGCGGAUGCUUUGAGGAAGGCAAUAAUCAUCAUAGCAUAAAACUUUGAUGGAAGGCAAUAAAAUCCAAUGUUUCUUCAAUAAUCGCAUUCAACACCGUACUACUCCUUCCAUUCUUUUCUUUUCUUCAUUCCAUAGUAUAUUCAAUCGUGUUUUAGCGUCGUAGACUAUCAUCUUCAAAAGCUUUCACCAAUGUAAUGUUUUCUUCAUUAACCUCAUGUUCGGUGUUUAUAUUAUAUUAGGUCAAAUAAAAAAUUUAGUUUCUUUACAAGAUGAAAUUACUUCUCGCUUUCUUAUUGAAUGAAAACAUUGAGAGAUUAGUUUCUACCAUUUGUUUUAGUUAUAAAAUACCGUCAUUGUCCUGGUUUUUAUUGGCGGUUACGGUCUUGCCGCAAUUCUUGAUAAUUGCCAGAAAUUGUGGGAAAAUGCAGCUGAUGCGACUACAAUUGCAGUCGGGGUGAGUGUAAAAAAAAACCUUAAGGUUGGGGGCUGCGGCUGCAAUUGCGGUUGUGGACGGCAAUUUAAAACCGUGAAUAUUUUUAGAAGAUUGCUAAUUUGUCUAAUGUUGUGUGAUAGCUCAAAUCUUGUGUACGACAAGAGGCAAAAGAGUAGUCUUCUAACCGUGUUAUGACUUAUUAUUUAGUGUAAAGGCUGAUUUCUUAGACUCUUUUUUUCACCAAAAUUGUAUAACCGAUUUUAAUUUUAGGGGAAGGGUGCAUGUUUUGAAUUUUAUUUUUAACCAAAUUGGAGUAAGUCGUGAUUCCAAGGAGUGUGUUGCCAUGGUGCUCUUCAUAUGUAGUGUGCAAUAGCUAAUGUGGUUUUGCGUAGUUUUGAAACAACUAAACACGACCUGUCACAUGUGUUUCUGUGUUCUCUCUAUCUAGAUUCUUCAAUUUCUUAACAGUGCCAUGUUUGUAAACCUUCCAUGUUUUUCCACUCUUAUUCAGCUAGAUUGAGACUUUGAUUCAGUAAAGACCCUGAAUUUUGAAUUUCUCUAAAACUUCAAAUCCCCCUCCCCCUUUUUUUCGUGGUUUGGAUUUGGUGUUUUCUAGAUCAUGGGAUGGUACAGAAGGGGAAAGCUUGCUCUUGAUCGUUUUCACAGCUUGGCUUCAAGGGUCGUGCCUCAAAAUCCCAUUUUUCAGCAUAGUUCAAGGAUUUGGCAAUCUGGCUAUUUGGAUUCAGGUUCAAAAGGAGCUAGAUUUAGUGGGUUGUCUUUGUGUUGUUCAAUUUCUCAGAGACUAGGAGCACAAGGUGUUGUUGGAGUUAACGGGAACUUUCACAAUCCGUUUCUUUUGGGGGCUAAUAGAUUUUACUAUGUUGAUCCUUGCAAUGUGCGCCAUUUCAAGCCAAGGGGGCCAAGGCAUUGGUUUCAGAAUUCUAGACAUAUUUUUGUUGCUGUGAUGGUUGGUUGGGUUUUAAUCACUGUGUAUUUUGGGAACUUGGAAACAGUUCCUUACACCAAGCGAACCCAUUUGAUUCUGUUGUCAAAAGCCAUGGAGAGGAGGCUUGGGGAGAGCCAGUUUGAACAAAUCAAGGCUGAUUUUGAGGGGAAAAUAUUGCCUCCUAUACAUCCCGAAAGUGUGAGGGUGACAAUGAUAGCUAAUGAAAUAAUUGAUGCAUUGCUGAGAAGGUUGAUGAAGGAGCAGGGGUGGAAUGAUUUUGGGUAUGCAUCAGAGCAUGCUAUGCCGGUUGAAGGAGAUGGAAGGGAGACAUUGAGUGCAUUGGUUGGUAGUGAAGAGAAGGUUGAAGGGAGUUGCCACAAGGAGAAUAAGAUUCUUGAUGGAAAAUGGGUUCGACUAAGCCGGAAAAAUGGUCAGGAAAGAGGGUCACUGAUUGCUACAUCACAUUUGGUUGGAUUGGAUUGGGAAAUUUUGGUGGUAAAUAAGCCGGAUCUUAAUGCCUUCUGCUUACCUGGUGGGAAGAUAGUUGUGUUCACUGGUUUGUUUGAUCAUUUUAAAAGUGAUGCAGAGAUAGCAACUAUUAUUGGACAUGAGGUUGGACAUGUUGUGGCUAGACACAAUGCAGAGGGGAUUACAAAGAACCUGUGGUUUGCUAUUCUACAAUUGAUACUUUAUCUACUUUUCAUACCUGAUAUUGUCAACAUAAUGUCAUCCCUUUUCUUGCACCUACCUUUCUCCAGGCGGAUGGAAGUAGAAGCUGAUUACAUCGGGUUGCUGUUAAUUGCAUCAGCUGGUUAUGAUCCCCGGGUGGCACCUAAAGUGUAUGAGAAGUUGGGAAAAUUUGCUGGUGAUUCUACCUUUGGGGAUUAUUUCUCUACUCAUCCUUCUGGAACACAGAGAGCAAAAUUGCUGGCCCAAGCUAAGAUAAUGGAAGAAGCAUUCUCUAUAUAUAGAGAUGUAAGAGCUGGACGUGGGGGUGAAGCUUUUCUUUAGGACUGCACAACCAUCACCACCUGUACCUUUAUCUGUUUGUGUUAGAAUACCCUCUUGCCACUUUUUCCAAUCCAAAAAUACAUUGUGUACAUGAAGUAUAUAUUAAAAAAAAAACGAAAUUGCUGUUAUAGAUGAUGCUUUUAUGCCUUUA